AUGGUUGCCUUCGGUCUCAAAGCUUUGCCUUCGGCUGUCUUUCUAGGCCUUCUAUCUCCUGCUCUGGGAUGCAUUGUAUUCACUGGCCAGCUCUACGGAAAUACCCGUUCGGUGGAUAACUUUGGCACUGCAUAUGGUUGGAUGACUGUCACGGAUAACGAUGUCGAGAUAUGCACGGGUAAUAUCUUCAAGGGAGAUAAGAAUCUCGGUAAUACCGUGGUACUUGACAGUGGUACUCUCCGUAUGUUCUCACUCUAA